AUGCUUCUCUCUCUUGGGCUCAAGAACUUACGAUUUUUAUCCUCCAUAAUAGAAAUCUCCAGAAGGAAUAGCUCAUCGUCAAAUAAGUUUACGGAUAUCCAGCGAAGGCUCCGCUCUUUAGUGUUGCGUUCCCCUUAUUGUCCAAUACGAGAAUGUGUUUGUGUCAUUUCAUGUGGUGGAUACAAACGGGACGGAGAAGAGAUAGCUCUCAUUGAUGAAAUCUUCAGUGAGCUGCGGAAGCGAGUGGCAGGGAAAGUUCAGAAAUGGAGGGAAGCAAUUAUUGAAUUAGCUCAUACUGAUGACUGUAAAUGGAUAGCGAGGAAUGAGUUUAAACUUAUCGAGGAGAUUGUUAGAUAUGCAUGCUUGAGAUUAUUUUCUAUCUCUUCCCAGAACGUGAUUGAUGUGUACUCAUUGCUAGAAAGCUGGCAGCCUUCAGGCAUGCAAAUGAUUGGGAUUUGGGGUAUGCCUGGCGUAGGUAAGACAACUGUUGCUAAAGAAAUUUUCAGAAGACUGGCUCCAGGUUAUGAUUCGUGCUACUUUCUACAAGACUUUCAUCUAAUCUAUCAAACUAAGGGGCUGACUUACUUGCGGGAUGAAUUCUUCUCUAAACUAUUUGGGGUAGAAAACCUUCUUAUAGAUGCUUGUGAUACAAAGCCAAGUUUCAUGAAGGAUAGGUUCCAGAGUAAGACGGUUCUUGUUGUUAUUGAUGAUGUGACUAAUGCUAGAGAUGCAGAAGCUUUAGUUGGAGGAUUUGAUUGGUUUUCUCACGGACAUUUAAUCAUCUUAACCUCUAGGAACAGACAAGUUCUUGUACAGUGUAAUGUCAAAGAGUUAUACAAGAUCCAGAACUUAUUCCAAUAUCAGUCUUCUCAAUUUUUGUCUCUGUGUGCCCCUGGACAAUAUGAGUCCAUGCUGAACUCAGAGUUGGUGAGGUAUGCGAGUGGCAUUCCAUUGGUUCUCAGUGUUUUAGGUUCAUUUGUAAGAAAUCAGUUCACUGAGAAAGAACAUCUGCAAAUGUUGCGCCAAAUUCCUCCAACUGAGAUUCAGGAUGCAUUUCGAAGAAGCUUUGAUGGUCUGAAUGAAAACGAGAAGAAUAUAUUCUUGGAUCUUGCUUCUUUUUUCAGAGGGGAUAACAGAAAUCAUGUGAUACAAAUACUUGAUGGCUGCGGUUUCUUUACAGAGUUAGGAAUUUAUGGUCUCAUCGAUGAGUCCCUCAUUGAUCCUUUAGACGAUAAAAUAGAAAUGUCUAAUGUGUUCCAAGAUAUGGGUCGGUUUGUUGUGUGUGAAGAAAGCAAAGAGCCAGGGAAGCGUAGCAGAUUGUGGGAUGGUAAUGAAAUCGCUAAAGUAUUGAGAAACAAUUCUGGAACCGAAGCAGUUGAAGGCAUAUUUAUGGAUAUGUCUAACUUGAAAUGUAAGUUAGGUCCUACUAUAUUUGAGAGGACCUAUAGACUAAGAUUGCUAAAGCUACACUGUUCAACUUCUGGAAACCAUUGCAACCUUUGUCUACCUCAAGGCCUCAACUCUUUGCCUGAUGAGCUACGACUACUUCACUGGGAAAGUUACCCUCUGAGAUCCUUGCCGCGGCACUUUAAUCCUAAAAAUCUUGUGGAGCUGAAUAUGCCUUAUAGCAAGAUGGAGAAAUUAUGGAAAGGGACGAAGAAUCUCGAGAAGCUUAAGAAGAUCAGACUGAGUCACUCCCGACAGUUAACUAAGAUCCCAAGGCUAUCAAAGGCCUUGAACCUUGAACAUAUUGAUCUCGAAGGAUGUACAAGUCUGGUGAAAGUUACCUCAUCUAUCCAUCAUCUGGACAAGCUUGUUUUCUUGAAUCUGAGAGACUGCUCUCGUUUACGAAGUCUGCCUGUCAUGAUUCAUUUAGAAUCUCUUGAAUUUCUUGAUCUAUCUGGCUGCUCAGAUCUCGAGGACAUUCAGGAUUUCUCUCCAAACCUGAAAGAACUUUAUCUAGCGGGAACUGCCAUAAGAGAAAUGCCAUCUUCCAUAGAGAAUCUUACUAAACUUGUUACAUUAGAUUUGGAGAAUUGUGAUAAACUUCUGCACCUGCCACCGGGGAUAAGUAACUUGAAAGCAAUGGUCACGCUGAAGCUGUCUGGCUGCUCAAAACUGAAGAGAGUUCCAAAUCUUGAUGCAAUAUCACUAAUAGGCUCCGAUCGUCUUAAUACAGAACAACAAGUACUUGAGCCCUUAGUACAUCAUUCCGCUAUUCAAGAAUCAAUGUUGGAUGUCUGUGAAACCCUUGAUAAGUUGCAGUUCAGAUUAGAGAUACAGAUUCGGCAGCAAAACUGGGCAUGGUUCACUAUUACACCGCAGCCUUUGUCAAUCUUUCACUUCUUGGCAUCAAGAUUUUACGCCCUAGUAUCUUUGUUCCUUUCUAAUGCAUGCCUUAUGGAUAUACCAGAAGAGAUAUGCGAACUUCCGACAGUAAACGCUCUGGAUUUUGGUGGAAACAGUAUCAGCAAAAUUCCUGAAAGCAUCAGGCUGCUCCCCAGACUACACAGCCUUAGUUUGCGCCAUUGCAAAAACCUCAAAUCUCUCCCAGAGCUUCCUCAAAGUCUAGAACUCUUGAAUGUGCACGGUUGUGUGUCUCUGAAAUCAGUUCCUUGGAGAUUCAAACAGCUUCUGAUGCAUUGCACAUUUAGUAAUUGCUUUAAACUGUCUCCAGAAGUCUUCAGAGGAUUUUUAGCAAAAUCACUGUGUAUUGUUGAAAACAUGAAAAGAGACCGACACCAGAAACUCAUCACAGAACCUGCAUUUAGCAUAUGUGUGCCUGCAUCUGAAGAUCUGAAAUCCUCAACGGAUGUGUUUGCAUCUGAAGUUGAAUUUGAAUUCUGUCCUGUCGAUAGCCAGAAUGAGGUUUUAGAUGAUAAUUGUGAAGUAAAGGGAUGUGGAGUCUAUGUGAUUACCGAUGCAAGUGGUGAUAUGAGUCUAGUUAAGAAGAGAUUUUCUCCAAUUAAAAGAGAAAGAAGUGGAAAGAAGCUACUUUCUUCAUCCAUGGAUCCAGGAGCUUUUUCUUCAGGUCGGGAACCACUGCCGCGAUUUAAGAGAGGUCGGUAUAGAAGAAGUGUUGAAUCUGCAAUCCUGAAGCUUAGAAAAAGGAAACGAGAAGAGAGUUUCUCUACAUCAAACCAAAGCUAA